UCAAAACUGACGCACACAUCACAUCGUCAUCGAAUUAUUCAGAAUAAUUUUCUUUAUUUUUUUCUUUUGUUUUUUUCGUUAGUUUUUUUCAUUUUCUUCGUGUUCUUUUAUUCGAUUAAAAGCAAAUAAAAUGAUGCCGCGAAUAUUACGUCAAUUGGAAAAUUGAAACGACCACGACGACGACGAAGAGAAUCAAAAAGAGAUUGAAAAAAGAAAAGAAAACCAACCACCAAACAACCGAGUAAAACUAAAACACGGCCCACAAUAAAUAAGAGAGUGAGAACAACCGAUAGCCGAAGAAUAAUUGCGUUGAUUUAAACGUCGGCUGCAGUGCACAUUCACACGUACACUAUACGACCAGUCCAGAUAGAAGUAAAGCUAAAACUGAAUACAUACAAUAAUAAUAACAACAACAAAGCAGACAAGCAAUUACAACAACAACAACAAAAAUCGUGUAUGAUAUCUGUUUUUUUUUCUUGUUUGAAAUAUAAAAAAACAUGCAAAAAGAAAGCCAAAGCAAGAAAAAGAAAAUACAAUAAAAAGAGAUGACACUGUAUUUGCAUACAAAGAAACACCAAUUAAACCAGUGGCCCUUUCAUGGCAUAAAAGACAUAAAGCGAUACUCAAAAGAAAGCAUCUCACUCAUUGAUAAUAAUUAGUGAAAAGAAAUAAAGUACACACUUACUACAUACAUAUAACUAAUAUACAUAGUAUUACAAGCAAAACCGAUACGAAAUAAAAGAGAGAAGAAUACAAAAAAAAAAUACGGAAAACCAGAGAAAGAGAGGCAUUGUCUCAUAGUGAUACAUGUACGGUGUGCAUGUCCUGCAUAUCGGUUCGUCUGCAUCAGAAUGGUGGAAAAGAUAACGUGUUCUCUAACCGCGCGCGCGUUUUCUUGCGCUUCUUUCGGUCGAAGUGAAUGAAAGAAGAGUUGAGAUUACAUACACUGUUUAUUGUACAAGUUAUUAAUAAAGACUUCACAGAACCUAUUUUUCUAAAAAUAAACAAUAUAUUUAACAAAAACAAAAAAAAAGAAACAAAGAGUUAUGGUUAAGAAUUUAAAAAUAAUGUCAAAUGAAAACAAAAACUAAACAAAAGAAAACAUACACAAAAUAAACACAAACAACGAAAGCAAUAUAACCCAUCCUGUGCAAUUCUUUUCGUUAAUCCAAUUCAAAUUUAUCUAAGGACUUUUAUAAUACUCAAUAAAAUAACCCAACUAAUAAAGUUCAUCUAUUUCGAAUGAAGAUAAAAACAAAGAGUGAGCGUGAGUGAGUGUGUGUGAGAAAAAAAAAUAUUAAUAUAUAUAUACAUACCAAAAUAUAUGGAAGCAAAAUUACUUUCAAGUGAUAUUAUCAAUUUUAAUGGAAGUUUCAUACCGAUGCGAACCGAACAAAAACACUACAAAAGGAACUAUUGCUUGUUAAUCUUCUUUAUCUUUUGUUGACGUUCCGAGCAAAAAAAAAAAACAACAGAAUAACACAAACGCGGAGAUUGAAAAACUGAACGAUUGCAGUGUAGCAGUGGCCACAUCAACAAAAUAUAUAGACGGGGAGAGAGCGAGAAAAAAAAGAACUCGAAAAGUGAUUUCGAUGAGGCACUUAACGUCAGUAAGGAUUUGCAUUGGCAGACAAAAUGAGAUGAAAUAAUUCGUGCAGAAAAUAAGUGGCGAAACCAUAACAAAGGACAUCAGCGAACAAUAAAUUAUCAGAGGAAAAAGAUACAGAAAAAAAAGAAAUCCAAAGAAAAACUUAACAUAAUUAAUUACGUGCGCAAAGGAAGAGAUAGAAGAAGGGUGUGAGAGGUAAAGGCGACGAACGAGGCGAAGGAUACCAGUGCAACAACAAAAACAGCAACAACAACAAGAAGAAGAAGAGAAAAAACCAUGCCUCGUUGUUUUACAAUAAGAAAACACAGUGCUCAGCACAAUUCGAUCCAGCCGCAGAGCAGAAAAAUCGCUGCCAGCUCUGACGAAAAAAGCAGCGAAUACUGUGAUGGCAAAAAACCACACAGAAAAGUAGCUGUUAUACAGAAAGCAUCGGUGCGAACAACAAGCAAAAAACCACAAUCGAAAAGUAAAAAUACAGCCGAUGGACGCAAUUCUCGCGAACCAUCCAACAAUAGCAAUAACAAACACCACAAAGCCGACUCAGUUUUUAAUAGGAGCAACAGAUCGAAUGGCACGAACAGUGAAUGGAAAUCAACUGUAAUGCAGCGAAAAAAGCUCAUGCACUCAACCAAUGCGGCUGCUCAACAACAAACAAAAGCUACAGGUCCAACUAGUCCAACCGAAGGGACUAUCGCUCCAAUUUACUACAAUGGCAAUACGAACGAUUCAAGAAAUGAAGGCGUAAUCAUUUCUUCAAAGACAAAUGAAUUCGAACGACUAUCGACAAGACAUAGUUAUCAAUCGGAAAAUGUUACCGAAAAAUCAACAGAGAUUGUUCGAUCUGACGCAUCAUCGAUCACAAAUCAAAUGUCAAUUACUAUAAAAAAUGGAACGUCGUGUUCGACAGUUAUCACCGGUGAAUCGAUGCGUCAGACAAACAAUUCAAUCGUUCCAUCACAUCAAAUGUCAUCCGCAGUUGUGUAUAAGCCAAUACAAAGUGUCAUUCAAUCGACCAUUGGUCAUAUUUCAACAGCUCCAACAAGUGUUCCGUGCGAAUUAUCAUCAUUUAAUUCGAUCACAAUGCGAUCAAAUCCAAGCAAUGAUAAUCAGUAUACAAAAGAUUCAAAUCAAUAUUAUGUAUUGCGAUCAUCGGCCAACGAUGACAAUGCAAUCAACAAUAAUAAUCAACAUCAUCAUCAUCAUCAUCAAUCGUCUGUUUAUCGUGAACGAAGCAUUGAAGAAACCGAAGCUGCUCAUGAUCUAUUAUCGCUAUCACAAAGCCUACCACCACUUCCAGCUCCAUGUGUUGUUACCAUUUUACAUCCAGUUACAAAUUACAAUGUCAAUUCACCGGAUGUUCAAGAAAUCACACCAAGUCGACCAUCAUCAAAAGAAUACAUUACGUACACAAAUGGUCGAAACAUUCAAUACCAAUCGGAACGAACCGAAAUUUAUGGCAGAAAUAAAAAGAAUGUUAGCACACAAUUUGAUGCCGAUAUGCUUCCCGAUGACAGUUCAAGUUCCGAUGUAAAUCCGCAAAUAACGCCAUUGACACCGCCCACAUCUGAAUCGUCUUCAUCGGAUGUUGAAUUUAUAUCGGAAGCGGUAUCGUCGUCAUCAUCAUCAUCAUCGUCGUCAUCGUCGUCGUUAUCAUCGUCGCCAUCAAGACGAAAUACGGAAAAUGUAAAUCAAAAACCACAAAAGUCGAAAUCCGCCCAAGUAUUUGGAAUGACAAUUUUCGAUGCGGUUAUGAUAAAUGAUGGCCGAUCGAAGAAGGGUAGCGGUGAUGCUGAGGUGAUUCACAUUGAAGAACGUCGAAAAGGACGAUAUAAAUGUCCACAGUGCGGUAAACAAUAUGCAACGUCAAGCAAUUUAAGUCGACACAAGCAAACACACCGAAGCUUAGAUUCACAGUCAGCCAAAAAAUGCAAUACUUGCGGAAAAGCGUACGUUUCGAUGCCGGCCUUAGCAAUGCAUUUGCUAACACAUAAACUUACACACAGUUGUGAUGUGUGUGGGAAACUAUUUUCGCGACCAUGGCUUUUGCAAGGCCAUUUGCGUUCACACACUGGCGAAAAGCCAUUUGGAUGUGCUCAUUGUGGCAAAGCAUUUGCUGAUCGGUCAAAUUUGCGCGCUCAUAUGCAAACACAUUCCGUAAAUAAGCAAUUUGAAUGUUCAAAAUGUCGUAAAACAUUUGCACUGAAAUCUUAUCUCAAUAAACAUUUGGAGUCGUCUUGUUUACGAGAUGAAUUCAAAAAAUCAUACGACAACAACAAUAAAAAGAAGAGCGAAUCCACAGAAAAUACGACCGAUAUUUCAAUGGACGAUGAUACGAUUGAUGUGACCCAAUGUUCACCGCAAACAAUAGCCGAUGAUUUUGACGAUGACGAUGAAGACGAAGAUAUUAUCGUAACAUAAAAUAUACACUCAAUUUUAAUUUGAAAAUGGUAAUGAUAAUAUUGACACACGUCGCGUGCGAAUUCAAAUGUUCUUUUUUUUCGAUUGCAAAAUAUGUGCAAUAUUCUAAUUAGUCAAACCAAAAUCGCGGCAAAAUAGAAUCUUAAACGACUCAAGAAGACUACCACUUUUAUAUAAAAUUAUAUACAGACAUUUACCAGUUUGAAACCGUUUUUUUCUCGUAGAAGUAAACAUUACCAAGCAGAAUGAUUUUUUGUGUGUAUAAAUUCGAUCAAUGAUAAGGCAAUUACCAAAAAAAGCAUAUUUUUUUAAACAUAAAAAAAAACAAACAAACAAUUGGUGCAAUUAUUAAAAAGUGAAACGAAACAGAAAACAAAUUAUAAAAUUUGAAAACGAACGUUUUUUGUUUAAAUUGGCUCGUGUUUAUUGGAGUUUUCGUGUUUUUUGAUAUUGAAAAUAAACUUUUACACGCUAUACGCGCUGCACAAGUACGGCAAACAAAAGCCCGUGUUGCAAAUUUUCAUUUUUGAUAUUGACAAAGAAACAAAAGAAAAAGAUUUAAAGUGUUUCGUUUUCGGAAAUUGGAUAGUAUUUUAAGAGAAAAAACAAAAACUCUGUAGGAAUAUUUUUUUAUGAAACAAAAAAGAAAAAGAAAAUGAAUACCAGUUUCUUGAUUUAUACAUAAUAUUUAGUGCUUAGCUCCUAAUAGCCAUUAGAUUCAACUGCGCAUAUUUAGUAGAAGUCAUCUUUAGACAUUUAACUCGAAUCUUUCUGACUUUCAAUUUUUUUUUAUUAUUUCGCCAAAAGUAGGGACUUAUUUUCCAACUUUAAACCAAGUGUAUGCAACAUGAACAAUUUCUGUUUUAAUCAGUGCAAAAAAUGGGUGAUGACGAGGGUUCCUAGGGUUCGGAUUACCCUCUCUAAAAUAUUUUUGAGAACCCUCAACAAUUUUGGAUAUGAGGAACUUU